AUGGCUCGCGCCGGGCCUGCGGGGGAGGCGCCGCCCGGAGACUGGCCCCGGGAGGCGGCGGCAGGAGACGUCUCCUGCCGCAGGGAGGACGAGGCGCGGGACGCGCUCUCCCUGGAGCAGAUCCUGAGGCUCUACAACCAGCCCAUCAACGAGGAGCAGGCGUGGGCCGUGUGCUACCAGUGCUGCGGCUCCCUGCGGGCCCGGGCCCGCCGCCGCGACACCCCCGCCGCCAGGGCGGAGGCGGCCUCCCACGUCCGCAUCUGGAAGGACGGAGCCGUCACCCUGGAGCCGCCCAGCGGGGCUUCCCCUCCGGCAGCAGGUAAAUCAGGAUGUUCACACUGCACAGAAACAGAGAUUAUUGAAUCACUGGGGAUUAUUAUUUAUAAAGCUCUGGACUAUGGCUUGAAGGAGAAUGAAGAGCGAGAACUAAGUCCUCCCUUGGAGCAGCUUAUCGAUCACAUGACCAAUACCGUGGAGGUAGAUGGGAGUAAAGAUGAAGGCUAUGAGGCUCUGGAUGAAGGCGUGGAGGAAGAUGAAGAUGAAAAAGAGGAAGUUGAGGUCAUUCACUCCUAUAAAGAUGUCAUGAAGCUGUGUGCUGCCCAUCUGCCAACCCGAUCAGAGGCACCAAACCACUAUCAGGCAGUAUGUCGGGCACUAUUUGCUGAAACAAUGGAGUUAUACACAUUUCUGGCCAAAAUUAAAAGUGCAAAAGAGAAUCUGAAGAAGAUUCAGGAAAUGGACAAAGAAAGGAGUGAUGAAUCCAGCACAGACCUUGAUGAGUUGAAAAAUGCUGACUGGGCCCGCUUUUGGGUACAGGUGAUGCGAGAUUUGCGGGACGGUGUUAAACUUAAGAAGGUUCAAGAGCGUCAGUAUAACCCACUUCCAAUAGAAUAUCAGCUUACGCCCUAUGAAAUGCUAAUGGAUGACAUUAGAUCCAAACGCUAUACCCUAAGGAAGGUUAUGGUCAAUGGGGAUAUUCCACCUCGAUUAAAAAAGAGUGCCCAUGAAAAAAUCCUGGAUUUCAUCCGAUCACGGCCCCCAUUAAAUCCUGCCUCUGCAAGAAAACUGAAACCAACCCCACCACGGCCACGCAGCCUCCAUGAAAGGAUACUGGAGGAAAUCAAGGCAGAAAGAAAGCUGCGCCCUGUCUCACCCGAUGAGAUCAGGCGUAGCAGGCUAGCAAUGCGGCCACUUAGCAUGUCUUACAGUUUUGACCUGUCAGAUGUAUCCACACCAGAGGCCUCAGGAAAAUUAGCAGACAGCUCUGUAGUAAAUGGUGGCUUGACAUCACAAGCAAAGGUGAAUGGCGUUAGCACUACCCAAGUGACAAUGCAGCGAAAGAGACUCCUUAAAGCCCCUACGUUGGCUGAACUGGAUAGCUCGGAUUCAGAGGAGGAGUCUCUGCGCACAUCAGCAAGCAGCAGCAGUGUCUCUCCUUCCCAAAUGGAAGACUCCUUUCAAGAGACCACCUCUGGUAGAAAGAUGCCUCCAAAGUUUUUGCCAAUGUCAUCCACGCCACAGCCAGAGAGGCGUCAACCACCGCAGAGACGACACUCCAUUGAAAAAGAAACGCCGACUAACGUGAGACAGUUCCUACCACCUUCAAAACAGAGCUCCAGAUCACUUGAGGAAUUUUGUUACCCAGUGGAAUGUCUGGCUCUGACAGUGGAGGAAGUCAUGCACAUUCGUCAGGUGCUGGUGAAAGCAGAGCUGGAAAAGUACCAGCAAUAUAAAGAUAUCUACACUGCCCUCAAAAAAGGAAAGCUCUGCUUCUGUUGUCGAACAAGGAGGUUUUCUUUCUUCACCUGGUCCUACACCUGUCAGUUUUGUAAGAGGCCUGUAUGUUCACAGUGUUGCAGAAAGAUGCGGUUGCCAUCAAAGCCAUACUCCACCCUUCCUAUCUUCUCUCUGGGACCUUCUGCUUUGCAGAGAGGAGACAGUUUUAUGAGACCAGAAAAACCCUCCACCAGUCACCACCAGCCACUUAGGAGCAUGCCUAGGUUGUCCACAAAGUCAAAGUCUGUGGAUAAAUCAAAUGAAGAUCUACAGUUUCCCAAAGAGUUAAUGGAGGACUGGAGCACCAUGGAGGUGUGUGUGGACUGCAAAAAGUUUAUUUCAGAAAUCAUCAGCUCAAGCCGGCGCAGCCUCUCUCUGGCCAACAAACGAGCCAGGUUAAAAAGGAAAACACAGUCGUUCUACACGGCAUCACCAGACACCUCUGAAUACUGCCCUUCUGAGAGAACUAUCAAUGAGAUCUGAGUCUUGUGCCUUUUUCUUUGCUUUUGUCUUCAUGAGGUCAGCAUCCGUGAGAAAGACCACUGAAACUGUCCUUCCCUUCGUUUUAUUUUACGAGCUUGAAUUUGCAUUAGAUCACAGGUUUUGCUACUCUAUGGUUUCCACAGACUCUACAUUCAUCUCUCUAGAUAAUGAUAUGUAACAGGUCAGCCAAUAACUCAUUUGCACUGGAAGGAAACAAUAGUUUGAAAAUGUUGCCUUUGUGUGUGCACGCGUGUUAUGCACAUAGAAAGCCUUUACUUGCAUUCAGUUUUUUAUCAUUCCUUGAAUUGUUUUCAGGACAAGAGUUGAACUGUAUUCCUAAAGGAGAACCAAAUCUAUCACAGGUGUCAAUGUUAGCACAAUUGUAAGCAGUAAGUCAUAUUGGCAUUACCAACCUGAUAGUGUUCAUGUUCUAGUUUAUAUGGCACAUGGAGCCAUGGUGUACACCAAAAACCUAGUGUGGGCUGUUGGUCUCAUUGUGUCACAGCACAAAACCUAAAAGGUUUCACUCGUGCUAUCAACAUUCUUUCUUUCAACUGUUGUGACUGCCAGGGGCGGCUCUGUUUUUUUGCUGCCUCAAGCAUAGCAGUCAGGCGGCCUUCGGCAGCGGUUUUGCGGGAGAUCCACCCUGGUCACGCGGAUUCAGCUGCAGUUCUGCAGGAGGUCCACUGGUCCCGCACCUUCAGCGUACCCGCCACUGAAUUACCACCGAAACCGCAGAACCGGCAGACUUCCUGCAGAAAAACUGCCAAAGGCUGUCUGAUGCUGCCCUCACAGCAACCGGCAGGCCGCCCCCUGCGGCUUGCCGCCCCAGGCACGCACUUGGAGCGCUGGUGCCUGGAGCCGCCCCUGGUUACUGCUCUGAGAUCAUGGUUCAUUGUGGAACUUGAUGAUGUCUGUGUUUUAGUGCAAAAUAUCUGAAUAGGCUGUAUGCCCAAAUGGGGGGUGAUUUUCCCUGAGCUGCUGUACUUCUAACCCCCAGUGUAAUAAGUAUCUCCUGUACAGGCAGGAGUAGUUUAUUCCUUAUCUUGAAUGUACUGUGAUAAUUCUAUUUGGUAGUAGUAGUUUUAGCAGUAGAUAGAGCUGUGCACUCGAUGGGGAGGGUGGGAAAUGAGAGGCUUCUAAGUUUAACUGAAUUCCUGUAAAGUAUGUAACAUGGUUACCCAGAGAGGAAGUAUGGGUAAUAUGUAUAUUUGUAUUAUAGUGGAACAUGCAAGCACUGCUAUAAUUAAAAGUUCGGGAGCAUAUCCAUUAUAAAUCCCAUUUUUUCAAGGGUUUAUAAUUUGGCUGUAAAAUUUAGGAUCCUGAUGAAAUUUGGGACAACAGAGUCUCAGAUUAGGAGCAGCUUGUUUUGCUUUUUAACAAACUUACAGAAGAAAAAAGUCUAGCUGUUAAGUUUCAAUAAUGUUACAAUGUUAACAAACAUCACAUGCUUUUUGCUCUUUUUUUUAUAUAUUCAAAUGUUUUUAAAGCAGUUAAAACAUCAUUAGAGUUUAGUCCAUAAUAUGGAGAUAGGUCAUUUUGGUAUUUCAAAAUGUUAACGCAACCAAGUUACUAAUACUUGAAAAUCAACUACUGUGCAUACACAGUAACUUUUUCAUAACAUUUUUCAUACCCAGAUCGAUAUUUAAUAUCAGUGCAGUGCUGUAUUAUAUACUAUCAGAGUAGGAAAGAUUCAGAUCUAUUUAUUAACAUUUCAGUACUAGAGAUUGAUGAGAGAUACCUCAGAACUGCUCCAAAGGACAGGGUUUUCGUAAUACAAUUAAGGUUGAUCUGUUUUCAAACUCUAAAUACAUAUUUACAAAGUAGAAUCUCUUGCACCAAAUAUUAUGCAUUUUAAAAAGUCACUAGGCGCCAGAUCCUAGACUUGAUGAGAGGAUCUGGGUUGAUGAUCAGAGUCUGGCUCCCACAUUCCAUUGAGUAACAUUAGAGUCACUCUGCAACUGCUGCUGCACCAUCCCUGCUGCGUGGGAGGGCAGUAUCCACCCACUGACACCACCUUCACAGGCUUCCCGAAUUCCAUCCCCGCCUGCCAUGCAGUAGAGCUGCCCCAGUUCCACGGUAGGCUGGGCUCCCUGCCACCCAAAUGUGCAGGAUUUCCCCCUUCAAGGUAUAUUUGCAAGUUAAACUGUAAUAGCUCCAAAGCAGCUAGUCUAGUAUUAGGUAAAUGUGUGUUUGGGCAGUUCUGAAAGGCCUAUACAAAGGGCUCUUUAAACCCAUCCUAGGACACGCCCAUCCUCAUUUUCCUUGAAUCGUAUUUACAUAAACAGACAGUUUGCGCACACAGCAAGUAUCGGGUAAUAUCGUUAAGGGUUUGCCUGAACUGAUGACCAGAGGAAGUUCAGAGUUAUAGGUGGGUCCCCAUUCUUAACCCUUUCCUUUCUGCAGAGGGCCAUGCAGCUGCUACAUCCUCUGUCUGGGGACCUCAGGGCGAUGGGUCUUUCACAUUAAAGGAAUUGCAAUAUCUUGAUGAGUUAAGGACCUACGAUAGCGAGGGUAGCACAGUGAAAUUCAUGUGAAAUGGAUAAAGAAAGAUCCCCCGUUAGUCAUAUGAUAGCCCCUUGAUCGUGGUAGCACUUUUUUGCCACUUGUGUUUCUGUGCCGAAAUUAAUCCCUGCAGCCAACCCACCCACCUCUUUUCCCGUUGCUGUUUUGCAUAGUAUUCGCACCAGAUGACCAACUCCCAGGGAAGCACGUGGGGCUUUUAUUUUAAAACCCCAUUCUGUUUGUAAUUUUUCUUGAGAAACAUUCCCCUCUACACCCCAUACAUCUAUUUUCUGCUCCUUUCCAUGGCACCUUGGAAAAAGCUGCAGAAGCAGGAAACGCCUUCCUUGAUGUCUUUGAGGCUCUUGGGUGCAGAGGAUCUGGCAUGUUUUUCUUUCUGUUGGGAGGGGUUUGUGGUAGAAGCCAUGGCCUCAUAAUGCCUCACAUCCAGUAUAUGGGCAGUGAAACCAGACUCCAGCCCUGCAGAUCCUGGGCCAUCCCUGAAGGCCUACUCCUCUGUGCAACAUCCUUGCUCCCUUCAGCAUGGUUUCCUUGGUGAGGUCUUCUCUCCCAUAUCAUUGCAUCCUCACAGAUGCUGUAGAGGAGAGCUGACGCUGCUUCUAGCAUCAUUACUAAGGUGUGUCGUUUGUGUUAGUGCAACACCUAGGAGCCCUAGUCACACGCCAUGAUCUUGUGCUAGGCACAGAACAAAAAAUGGUCCUGUGAACUACUGAAUGGCUGUCAACUUAGAAUCCACUGGUGUGUGAGGGCAGCAGAGUGCAAAGGCUGGCUGCUUCCAGUUCUACUCCUGACUGCCUGACUCAGACCCUCCAGGGCUGUGCGAUGGUAGCACACAGAGGCUCCCAGAGGUACCUGGAGAGGGGAAUCCUGCCAUAAAGUUGCCAUUCUCUGGAGGGGGUUUCCCAUGCUGGUUGCUUCCAUCUAUAUUAGGGAAAACUGGCCCUUGUACAAUGGCCUUAAAUUUGGCAGGGGAAACAAAGUCAGAAAUGCAAUUCUCUUUCUCAAGCAAAGGGAGAAGCAGCACCGUCCACUCUGGAUCAGUAUGGAGUGGACUAUUUUGAGCUUUCCACCUCACCAUGCUAGUGUCCCAAACCCAUUCCAACUGUUAAGGACCAGUCCACUUUAUCUGCGUACCUUAUGAAGCUGCCAACAAUGUCCUAUUUAUGACUUAAAUUUCAUAUCAGUGUCAGAAUAGAAAAACAAAAGCUUGUAAAUAUCUGUAAUAUAUUUAUUAAUAUUUAGAAAGCUGCCAUGCAUUGAGCAAUGGGAAUUGACUUUCCCAUGAAGAUUUAAAAAGGAAGUGAGUCUUGUUUAUAUGUUUAUUGAUUAUAUUAUUAGAUUUAAAGUUGAGCCUCUCUCCACAGACAUUUUAAAAUUAAUUUAUGUUUAAAAGAACAUGGGACUAGCACAGUGAGCUCAUUUCAAUAGGUGUUUAAAAUCUUUUUUUUUCUAACUGUGUUUAAUAAAACUAAGACUUGUAUAAGUGCAUCAGAGGAGACCCAAAGGGGGGGGUUAAAAAACUGUUGUUGGCAAUGCAAUGGUCUUGUAUUUUAUACAUGAAAACAGGUCUUGAGAAUUCAAAGCCAGCUCAGCCUUGCUAACAGCUGCAAUAAAGGUAGAGAACAGGGCUUUGUGGCAGCUCUUAUGUGUAUAAAACAUUCUUUCAAUGUUCAUGAUGACAAUAUUGCUGAUGGGUUUUUUUCAUUAAGACCUUUAUUGGAAAAAAAAUCCCAAAACCUGAGGACAAUAAAAUGCCUUUGGAGCAUAGCCUUUGUGUGUAUUAGUUAUUCAUGUGUAAACUAUUAUAAAGACAAAUUUUAACUGCUUUUUAGAAUUUUGCAAAAGUCAAAUGGUUGUAUCUUUUGGCAAAGGCAGUGUUGAUGAGUAAGAUUUUAGCACUUACUGGGCUACAUGAAAUCAGGAAACAGGUCAAAAUAGUCUUUAGAAUAGCAGUAUAACUGCAUGUGAGACCCACUGGAGUCUAAGCAUUAAAGUAUGUUUUUUGCAUUAAAAUACUGCGUCUACUAAGCAGUAGAAAAGUAAAGUAUGAUGAAUUCCUACCAAAACCUUCAUAUCACAAGCUGAAGAGCUGUAUAUAAUUUUAACUCUUCCUAUAUGCAUCAAUUGCACUGAACUUUUUACAGAAUCUGAAAUAACUACAUGCAACCUAUCUUUUUUUGAGCCUGUAGUUGCUGUGCAUUGUGAGAGAGGUACUAGGAGUCUUUCAAAGACCAAAAUGGAAGGCUAUCAAGAAAAAAUAAUAAAAUAAAAUACACAUACAUCAUAAUUUAUUUUCCAAAAACCAGUCUGUUCUCUGAUUCUCCCUUCUAGGAUUGGCUGCAUGUUUUAUAGGUAGGGAGGUGGGGGAAGAUCCAACUUUAGACAAGUAUGAAGGUAGCAAUCAUGCUAAACUUUAUCCAGAAGUUCUGUGCAGCUUUUAGGAAUGUCUUUAUUAUUUUAAUCUUAUUUGUGAAAGUGACGUUGCACAGUAGGUAGCGGAAAGGUGCUGUAACUGUGUGUCUUGUGCGACAGCAUCCCUCUUAUUUUAGCAUUAAAUUCUAAAUCAUUUCCAUAUAGAAGGCUGAAAGCUGUGUUUUUUCUUUGAUAUAUAACAUUGUUAAAACUGAGCUGCUGAAUUGUUAAUAUUAAUCACAGGCAUGCAGUCCAUUCUCUUGUUUUCCUCUGACUUCACUAAUAUGCUUUUGACCUUCCUUAAUAUUUAACAAAAAAAUCCUAAUACGAAAACAGCUAGUAUGUGUCACUGGAUCACUCGACUGAAACAGCCAAACAGCCAUAGAUCCUGCAUUAUCUCUUCAAAACACAAGCCAAUCAGACUCUUAUUACAGCCUGAGCCCAUUUACCUGAACUUGGGAGAAGUAAGGAAGUUAAACCUUUCCUUCAGUAUUUGUACUGGUGAUGAGCUGAUGCUGCUAGAACCCCUGCCAUCCCUGUGGCAACUUUGAGGGCCAGAUUUCAGUGGUCUGUCUUAAACCAGCUUUGCAGCCUUCCAGUCCUGAGCCAGCCACCAGCAUUACAUUUUACAUGUCUCCCAAGAGGCCAUUCCAGAAGGGGGAUUGCCAAGACUUAGACACAUCCUGACCCCAUCCUGUCUUUCCCCCAGAUGUGCCCCUGUUCUGGGUGGUGGGAGGAUGAUGUUGGAGCCUUGCUGCCAGUCUCAUGCCAUCAAAGGAUUCCACUAGAUAGAGGGAAUCUUCUGUUGGCCAGUUGAGUUCUAGAGUAGCACAAAGCACCUUGAAUGGGCCAGAGAAUCUGGCCCACAGUUUUCUAAAAUGCAUUUUAGAACCUGGGCUUUUAUAACAAGAAGUAUCUCAAGGUGCUUGCUGUAAGAACUGCAUUUUAAGAUCACUGUCUUUCUCUCUCUGCAACUUAAAGAAUUAUUAGCAAUUUCUCCUGUGGGUGGCUCCCAACCCAUUUUCAAACUUUCCAUUAUGUAGGCAGGUAAAAUGAAUGCUGCCAAGGUCUUGUGUAUACUGACAAUUAUCACAAAUUUUCCCACCAUUGGGCUAGCACCAGUCUAGAGCAGCGGCUGGCAUUUUCCCACCCUACUGUCUGGACCCACGCUGGUGCCCAGCCAACAGUAGGAGAAUCUUACGAUCAUCAGCUUUGAUUACCCCAUUAAAAUGGGGUCCCAACCCACAGUUUGAGAACCCCGACCUAUGCUGAUGGGAAAACUCUUUAGCAUAGGUAGCGUUUACACUGAAGUGCUGCAGUGAUACAGCUGCAGCUGUGCCACAGCAGCUUUCAAGUGUAGACAAGCCCCAAGUCCAUGGUCACCCUGCAAGUGCACAAAAGGGGACCUGUGCACUAUUAAACUGAUGCUGUAUUUGUUUUGUCUGUAUAUUAAUUUCUCAUUAGCAGGCUGUUCUUUUAACUACAUGACAGAUGAAGAAUUAACCUGGGUCAGCCCAAGCAGAACACAAGUGCUGUGUGGUCAAUGUUCCAGAUACCCCCUAAUCUCCCAUUGGUCACAGUGUCAUGGUACUGGAUGACAUUAGCACAGCAAGUAUAUGAGGCCUAGCACUUCAGGAGUUAAUGAGAAAGCCUGCCCAUACUGUUUUUAGGAACUACCACCAGGCCUUUUUGUAGGGUUAAAUAGGUGGUGUUGGCACCUGCUGUACGUGACUGUUGUAAACUGCUUUUCAUUGAAAACGUGUUAAACCAGUUGUUGAGAGGGUCAGUCUUGAAUCUGAUACUUUUGAUUUCAAAAGUUUCUAGAAAUAGGUCUAUAGGGCCAGCCCCUGCAUAAACCAUGGGGUGCUUGUGUGUUAGAAACAGUACUUUGUACUGCUGUAACACCUUCCUCAAAAUGCCUAACAACCCCUAAGGUAACCUAGUGCCCAGCACCGGGCCCAAGGAGCUGGGCUAAGCACUGAGAAUAGAUGUAGGCUAUGGAAUGGACACAGAGCUUCUCCGUUAGGGACCCUAUUUCAGACUAAUAUCUGGAGAAGUUGGCAUAGGGCUACCCCACCACCUCCCAAGCCAGUGGUGGAGGACAGAAGGAUCCAUGUGGCAACAGAGAGUGGCCCAGCUGUGUGUGCCUCUGCCCUCCACCUCUGCAUUGCAUAGCACCUCUGGACUCCCCUCUACAGGAGAUGGAUUUGUUUCUUAGCCUUGGUACAGCUCUGUGAGGUAGGUAAUACACAGUUUAUAGAAGGGGGAAAUCACAGCACCUCCUUCCCAAUGUCAACAGGAAGCUUUUGUCAAAGGUGGGACUGGAACCCAGCUCUCCUGCAUCAUAGUCCUGUGCAUGAAAAAGAUUGCAUGGCAGGUAAAGGGCUGCCAGCCAUUAGUAGAGGGUUUUUUGGGUCUUUGCCUAUGCCUCACCCACCUGCUCUUCUUGAUUUGGUUCAUAUCAAGCAAGGGGGUUUAAUGAAGGGUAGCAGUGUAAUAGGCACCCUCAGAAGUAACUUAACCUGAAGGUUUAUUUGUGAACUUUAGUCCUAUUGAUUUGUCAGUAUUUCAUCUGUAAAUGAGUCGACAUUUGCCAGUAAGCUGUGCAGUCAUUUCAUUCUUUCCAGGCCUAUGGAAGUUGGCAUUAACUUAGGGUGGCGCCUAUUAAUUUGCUCACCCUUGCACUACAUACAAAGGACACCUGCACUGAGCUUACAGCCUAAGCACAGGCACCACCAAUUCCAUGCAGUAGGUUUCACCUUAGAGUGUAUUUCAAAGCAAUCUUUAAGGCUAUAGCAGAAACCAAACUCCAAAGUGUUAAUUUCUCAAAUCCCUUCUUCGUCUGUGCUCUCAUGGUGCAUGUACUUUUGUAUGGCUUCCAGUAGAUAAGGUCAAUCAUUUAUAUGCAAGAAAGGCAAUAGGAUGUUUUCAUGCUGUGAUACUGAAAUGCAGUUUGUUUAUGCAUUACUAAUAAAAAAGCUCUUAAAAGGUG